AUGGCCGCCAACACAGUCAAGAAAGUCGGUCUACUCGGCAAGAAUCCACACUGCAGCAUCUCCCAGGAGAGCUCCAUCGCCUCCUCCACGCGAUCAUGCUGGACGAAAGCUCCCAUGACAGAGUUCCAGGCCACGAUUCUCGGGGGCCUCGAAGAUCGUCACGAGGGUAAUCCGGUGCGAGCCCAUUCCGGGAAUAAGCCGCGAUCGGCGUGGUCCUGGUCGCCUCCAGCAGCUAGUAGAACACCGAUCAAGCUUUCACAAUCAUUUUGCCGGACUUUGGUCUCGAACCAGAGACCUCCGUACGGCAAACAAAAUGAUUUAAUCUCUUGCCUGACGAAUCCGUACGGAUCCAUUUCGUUUGACUUAACAGUAACUAUCGGUGGAAUAUCCCAGCUAGCUUGUAAUCUGUGCGUCUCUCUCGGCUCGUCCGCUCUCUCCGCCACGCAAAGGAUGAUCCCAGGCAGCACCACCAUCAACAGCGGCAGUGCCCAGCAGAAGACUUCGGCGCCAGUGGCUCCCGUCGUCCUCCUCGCCAUCGUGUUUGCUCUGCUAGCUUCACCGCUCUACACGGACGACGUCUAUCUCCUCGUUGCCUCUCAGCUCCUGAAGAGCAUUUCCCUGCUGGUGCUGCUCGUCCCCCUCUUUCUCCUCCUGGCCGUUCAGCUCAUGUCUCUCCCGGCCUCAAAGCCGGCACCGCCUUCCAAGACCGUGCCUUUCUCUGAAGUAGGAGGCUCUCCUGUUGGCCUGGCCUUCAUGGUCGUCUUUAUCCUGGCCGUGAUCUGGUGGCAGCCCGGUUUCUAGAUCACGCUGCCGUGAAUCUUCUCUAUGUAGCGCCUCGGUCUCAGUUUCGAAGAGUUUAUAAAACCUGGUUGCCAGUUAACCGACUUGACAA